UGAUGUUCUGCUAGUGCUUGCAGUCUGUGCAUGGAAAAAAAGGAAACCAUCACCAACCUUUGAUCACAAACAGGAAACUAUCUUUUCUUGAUACGAUUGUCAUAGGUUUCUAGAGUUUUUGCUGUAUUCUGAAGAGCAAUGAGCUGUCAGCACAAUCUCUUGAUUUUAUUCCUCUGUUGCGUCGCUGCGCUCACUGUCUCAGCACAGACAUGUGGAGAACAAGUGCUAGAGGGAACAUCCUGCAGCAUUAAUGGGGAAACAACAAACAAUGAAAAAGCUGCUGAAAUCAGAUGGGCCUUUACCUCCAGUGAUGGAACCACAGCUGAAUGGAAAAAAGGAUCCAGGAGAAAACCUCCAGCAGGAUUAACAAUAGAAGAAGACGGAUCUUUACGAUUAGAAAGUGUUCGUCAGAAUAACACCGGCACAUAUAAAUACACUGCUUUUAAUGCCAAUGGCCAACAGAUUGGGACUGAAACUGUGGAACUGAAAGUUUAUGCGAAGGUUAAUAAACCUAAUGUGAAGAUUGAAUGCAAACCUGAUGGGACUGUUACACUCCUCUGUGACACUGGAAACUAUAAAGAUCUGAAAAUAUCCUGGUAUGAAGACGACAAGAUCAUGCAGGAUGAAAAAACUACUCAUCUGACCCUAAAAUCGACUAAAAUAAACGAGAACACACAGUACGCAUGCAGUGUAAGCAAUCCUGCCAGCAGUGAACAAAGUGACAGAAUUACAGUGCCAUGUAGUGGCCCAGAUCAAGCGAAGGCAACCAAAUCAACUGUGAGGCUCAACAGUACAGCUAAAGGGACGGUUAAACUCAUCUGUGACGCUGGAAAUGCUAAAGAUCAGACUAUAUCCUGUUAUGAAGACCACAUGAAGGAUGAAACGAAAACGAAUCUGACCUUAACAUCGUCUAAAGUGGAGGGUAAACGGUACUCAUGCAGUGAACAAACCAGCAGUAAACUCUCAUGUAGCAGUCCAAAUCUCUGCCUAAAUUACUAUGCCGUGCUGGGCGUUUUAGCAGGCGGAGGAGUUCUUCUGUUUCUGCUUAUUUGUGUUUUCAUCUGGUGUGCGUGUCAAAGCUGUCGCAAGAAGAAUCGACUACUGUAGGUUUGGGGACUAAUUUUGUCUAAUGAUGAAGAUAUUAUGAAGCUUAUCCAUAAAGCAAAAAAUAAUAAUAAUAAAAUAAAAAAUUAUGUGUGUGUGUGUGUGUGUGUGUGUGUGUGUGUGUGUGUGUGUGUGUAAAACAAUAACCUGCAAUGUCUCUUACGCUUCAGAAAAUAUAUUCUCUGUAACAAUUGAUUCAACUCGUGUGUGUGAAAACCCAAGAGAAAUCAGCUCUUGUCUAAAUAUAAACAUCAUGACCUGGGUUGAUAUAUUUUAAUUAUUUUUUUUUUCACUUGUAACAUAUUGAUCUCACUGUUUAAAGAAUAAGACUGAUGUUUGUCAUGUCCUGUAAAGCACUAUAUUGUACACAAACUCUGUUUUUCUGUGCUCUGCUGGAGAGAGUUCCUUCUCCUGGCUCUGAUUAAAGCAUUUUUACAAGUAU